AUGGAAGUUUCCACAAGUGAUACACAAAGUACUAGUAAUGGAACAUCAAGAGUAGAUAUUAAAAGAGAGCCUACUGAGAAUGCUGAAGUCUCUACUCAAGCUGGUGGUGAUGCUGAUACCAGAAAUCAAAAUGAACUAGAGGCCAAUAGACUAGGCGGUGAUAGAAAAGUUAAAGGCACAUCCCCCCAACCUGGAGCAAGUACUGGUAGAUCAAUGGAAGUCGAAAAUGGAGCAAACAACAGUAAAAAUCAGGAAACUCAAUAUGAGAAUGUUGCAACAAGAAAGACAGAAAAUGCAGGAUUAUCAGCCCCUGACUUACAACUGGAUUGGCUUACUGAUAGUAGUUCAGAUGAUGAUGUACAAGUAUUGGGAGAAGAAAAUAAUCAACAGGAGGUGAUUGAUUUGACGAGUUCACCGGGCGCCAACGUGCCAGUGGAGUCGCCUAGUCACAAUUCGCCGAUACCAGAGCCAAUGGUUUCGGCGCCUCGGGCCCCUUGCCCGCCGAGCCACUCGCCGUACCACCAUGGCACAGUAUACGAACCGCAGAGGGCGAGUGACAUACCCAUCUACCACCACCAUCAUCCACAUAUACCACAUCCAUUUGUUCGUACAAGAGUGCGAGUUGGUACCUGCAUGGUGCCUUGUCCUACGUGCUGCUGCGCCCCAAACGCCCACACUCAUCCCCCUCCACCGAUGGCUCAUCUAGGAGAUCGACGUCGCAAUGCAGUACCUAUACCGCCCCCAUACCUGGUUCAUGAACGUUUAUGGCAGCGUCAGCAACACAUGCUGGAAGUACAAAGGCGAAGUAUGAUGGGCGAAAUGGUAGGGGGUUUGGGACCUGGACUGAAUCAAUAUCCACCCGCUUAUGCAGCUUCACCACGACCCACAACAUAUCUAUCUUUUCCAGAUCACUUUGAACAAAAUGAUGGAGGACAAAUGCCUAUGAUGCUAGAUGGCCAGAAUGUCCACCAUCAUAUGCACCAUCACCUUCAGAUGAAUCCAUCUCACCUGCAUAUAUCAAUCCAGCCAUCUGUUAUGGGCCCGUCGCUCUCGCUGGCGGCGCACAUGGCGGCGAUGGUGCGCGCCGCGUCCGCGUCGGAGGCGCGCCGCUCGUCGCGCGGCGCGUCGCGCGCCGUCAUCGAGCGCAACACGUACCGGCACGCGUACGCCCGCCCCGCGCCCCACCACCAGGACGAGAAGUGCACCAUCUGCCUCUCGAUAUUCGAGGUCGAGUCCGACUGCAGGCGGUUGCCAUGCAUGCACCUAUUCCACAUGGAGUGUGUCGACCAGUGGCUCAGCACCAACAAGCAUUGCCCAAUCUGUCGUGUUGACAUUGAAACACACCUAAACAAGGACGCAAAUUUC